UUCCCAUCCUGACUUUUGAUGAGAGAUUCACCGCAGGAUGAUGUUGUUGGAAAUAGCUCACCGGGGAGUCUACUGCAUUGUUUGUGCUGAACUCAAAAAGAGAAUGCUUGAAUAAUGGUUCUUGCGGCAACUAAUCGUCCAUCAAAUCUUGAUGAGGCAAUACUUAGGUGUCUUCCUCAGGUAUUUGAGAUUGGCAAACCUAAUCGAGGUGAUAAAGCAAAUAUACUGAAAGUGAUUUUGAAGGGUGAGAGAAUAGAUGACAAUAUUGACUUUGAUCACAUUGUAAGCUUGUGUGAGUGUUCUAUUGGCUGCGAUUUACUUGACGUCUGCAAGCAAGCAGCCUAUUUUCCUGUCAGGGAUUUCUUGCAAGAUGAGAAGAAUGGGAAGCGACCUCAUGUCCUAAGGGCUUUGUCACAAUUGGACCUGGAGAAAGCUUUCAUUGCAGCAAGAAAAACGAAGGUUGUGAAGAAUGAGUGCAGUGGCUUAAGUAUUGGUCACCACCUAGGCGUGAUGCUGAUUAUGAGGGAUCGUUGA